GGUUCGCGCAACUUGAGCUUCUUCUCAUCAUUUUCAAAGAGCAUUACCGAAUCAACGAACGCCACAACACCGCCGCACCGCCAGGAAGCGCAAAUCGCGACUUUAAAACGCUUCCGACCGAGAGGAAAAUCAAACGAUAUAAGAAGGCCACCGGCGACGUCGCGUCUCGGAUGGUGUUGGACAAGGGAACCGCGCUGUGGCUGCAACGGGCUUGUUGCCCGAGAUAGCGUCCAGUGGCCUGUGAUCGAUCCGGGGACCUGAGGAGAGGCAGCUAGACUAGGCCUCCUCAUUGCCGCAUCGCAUCACCAUCCACCUCGCCCUCGGCGCUGCACAGUCACCGCUGAAGACGCUUGCUUUUGCUACAUUUCGACUGCCGCCGCCGACACGCCAGUCGCCACCAUCACCAUGGCGCAACCACAACAUCAGAUCCAGCUGCCGCCCGCGCCGCAGCGGCCGUUCUCUCCCGCCCAGCUCUCACCAUCCACGAUACCCCAUGCUCAUACCCAGGCGACUUACCCAGCGGGCAAUCCUCCUAAUAAGAAACAAAGAAUGUCUCCAGCACCACCCCAAAGUCAACCAGCCUCCCCAUACGUUCCAUCACCCGUAUACGCCCCGAGCCCCGCCGCAUCAGCAACACCUCCUCCCCAACCCAACGCAGCCUCGCCUCCGCCCAUGAACCCACAAAUCGCGCUGCCUCAAGCAACGACGAUGGCUCCUCCUCCUCAGGCUAUUACGAUUCCGCAACAACCGACACCUUACGUUAAUGGGAACACGAUAAAUAGUCCUGGUAUCAAGCCCACACAACAACCCAUGGGCCUCACAAUGCCUGGCCUUACCAUGCCAUCGCGGCAGCCAGGCACACCUUUGGUAGCAUCGCCAGCUCCGCUCAUAACAACCACAGCUACAACCCCGCUGACUCCGGCGCCGGUCAGCUCCCCAUAUGCUACAGCGACUCUGGCCCCCAUGCCAAGUCAUCCUGCUACUCCGGGAGGCACUAUGGGGCCACCAUCCAAGCCUGCUGACCGUCCGCAAAAAGAGGUCGAGUAUGAUGUAAACGACUCCCUCAAUGGCACAGGAAUCGACUUGAAGGAGAUGGAACAGGAUCUGGUUCAGUUUUACGCUGGUAGCACGCGUGCCGAAGCCAGGACAGGAUUUCCCGCAAAUGUACCUGGAAGCAGCGCAAGCAUGUACGGUGCUGGGCUAGCGAAUCAGCCGGCUCAGUUGGUGGGAAUGGCCGACCAGGCACAGUUUGCCGCCGAGCUUGCCAAGGGCGUGUGGAGCGAGGCGGCUGCAAAGCUGGCUACUGUGAGGAGCCAGGAGGUCAAAAAUCCUUUCAGCAACAUUGCUGUGAUUCAUUCAAAGGCAUCCAAGAUCGCCAAGGAAUAUGGCAUCGGCCUGGUUCUGGACCCCAAGACUAACGGUGGCAUGGGCAAGAUGAAGCUUGACACGGAGUUCGCAGAGCCGUCCGUCACCGUCACUCAGAAAGUCAUUGAUAAUGAAGUGGUGGUCAAUACUUCCAAAUCCUUUCUCCCCGCAGAUUCGUUUCUUGCAGAGCAGAUAGGCCUACUCUCCAUCGCCACAAAGCAUCGGAUUCGACAACUGCUUGAAGAUGCGGACAGAGUGGCCCGCACACGACAACAAACAUCCCACGGUAUUGUACCAUCGGAUUGGAUGGACGUGAGCGCACCGAUCACUACGGUUGAUGCUAGUCUCACAGACCAAGCGAACUCUGUGAAUGGAGACGGGAGCGCGGCUAGUCCCCGCACCAAUCCACUGAAGCGUCCUCUUGGUGCCGGUGUAUCACAGGUGGCUGCGAGCUUGGGGCUCAGUGCGGUUAUGCGUGAGCAAAGCAAGAAUGAACGCAAUGCCGAAGAAGCCAGACUUCUCAAGCGCCAGAAGCGGGCUGAGGAGGAAGAUGGCAAAAAGAAAGGUGGCGACUCGGCAAACCCAUCUCGUGCAGGCUCGGUUGCGCCAGGAACACCAGGGGCAUCGUCAAUUGCGCCAGAAACGCCAAAGCUCACCAAAAAGGAGGAGAGAGCUAGGGCGGCGCAGAACAAGACAAUGGACUGGAUGAACACAGCCUCUGCAAACUCGACAACAUCACAUUUCUUGGGUCAGCUCUCUAGAAAGAAGAAGGGCAAAAAGUACGACUGGUUGACGUCGGGAGGCAGUGGUGCCUCAACACCGUCACGUGCUGGGCCUGGCACCCCUGCUGCGGGUGCUGGUGCUGCUCCCAGCCGCAAGGCUCCGGAAUCGAUAGCACUCACAGUGGAUGGAAGAUACAGACUGGGUUCUUUGCGCGAAAAUAGCGACAAAGGCAAGAACAUCCAGUUGAGGGAUUGGAUCACAGUCCUGGAAUCGGAUCGACUGGAGAUCAAGGCAUUGCAAACUGCCUAUGACAAACUAGAUGCGUCAGCCGCAACGUAAGGGUUCAACCCUUUGACAUUUCCAUCUCUUUUAUUUUCCUGGCAUAAUGCCAUUGGGGUCUUACUGCGAAAUAUUCCGCGAGAAAACGGAUUGAUCAACGUUCCCUUCAAGAUUAUCACAGAGGGCAAUGUUUUCCAUAGCUGCUCUGUGCUGUAUUCAGAAAAUCUCACAAAUCAUUGCCAAAGUAUACCGUGAAAGCCCGAGCAUGGCGUUCGAUACGAGGUUGGUUCAGGGGGGGCGCUCUUGUCAGCAUUGGUCGACUUAUUUAAAAGGCUGGGAAGGUUUUGGUCAUAUGAUUUUUCUCCCUGCGUUUUGGAAGAAAUUCCUGGCAUGGCCUGCAGACGGUCAUUUUCCUCUGUUGUUCUUUAGUCUUGGUAUUAACUUCCCUACUCUCUGCUCUGCUCGCUUGUGUAGCGUUGCUUAUUUACUUGUAGCAGCGGUUUACACGUUCAAUCUGUCCGUUACAGGAUUCAGGUUUGUUGGCGGGCCACCUCGUCAGCCGGAGCUUUUAUUCAUAAUACCAAGCUUUAAGAGUAGAACUGGCACUACCUAAUGAAAUGACAGACUCAUACUCUUUUUUAUGUCCCAUGAUACACUGUGGC